AAUUUAUCAUCCAGGUGAUUUAGUAUUUAUCAAACAGCAUGGUAAACGUCCAAAAUUCGGUGAAUUAUAUUCUGGACCAUACAAAGUGAUACAACAACAACAUCCACUCGCAUAUUUAGUGGAAGAUAAAGAAUCAUCAAUUCAAGAACAGGUUCAUGUCAGCAGAAUACAACCUGUUUAUCCACGAAUGAUCUAA